UCUUCUCGCAUUUAGAGUCCGCUGUGAUAUCUGUAGAUUGAAAGAGAGUAACUAACCACAUGGUAGGCUACAGUAUGUGUUAUGGUUUUAUUUAAUUUCUACAAGAGGGCUAAGGCUUGAGGCUUCGAUUAAAAAAUCGCACAGGUUUGUAAGAGGUCUACUGACACUGACAGUGAUGUUACAGUGAAGCCCCCCCUAAUUGAAAAUGACAGCAGUAUCCAAAGUGAGAGUUCCCUUCAGCCUCCAUCCAUCAGUAACAUUGCUGCGCAGCUUUUGGCUCCAUCCAGCACAGCCCACAUCAACUGACCUCAGCAGGAGCGUCUGCAGUGCUACUACAAGCAGCAAUGAGCCAAAGCCACAGAAAGAGGUUCGGAGAAAAGCCUGUGAAGGUGUGAUGGAAAAAACUGCGGAGGAAACCUUCGAAGGCAGGACGGAUGUAGCUGUCAAGGGUGAAGCUGCUAUCAAAACAGAGUUCCUAACAACUAAAGAAAAAUUUCAUGGGCUUAUAGACUCUGAGUGGCAGUGCGUAAAAGAGGAAAAUGCCAGUGAAAACAACACUGUUGAGGAGACAAAGGAGACCUCUGUGGAGGAACCUGAAGCUAAAAAGCUCAAACUGGAGCCUGAGGAGAAGACUAAGCCGGGGAAGGCAGAUAGCAAACGUCUGCGAGGACAAAAUAAAUCCAGACCACACACAAAGCCUACCACCUAUGAAGAAAAACGACUGUGUCUCUCAGUUAUUCAGGACAAUAGGGAAUGUCCCUUUGGAGACAAAUGCCACUUUGGUCAUGAUGUAGCGAAGUACAUGGCCUCCAAGCCUGCUGACAUCGGGGAGAGCUGCUACCUCUACAACACAUUUGGAAAGUGUGCAUACGGUCUCACCUGCCGCUUCGCCAAGGCACACACUACACCUGACUUCCACACCAUGGAGAACACAGAACUAGUUAAGGACUAUGAAGGCAGGAAGCCAGUGAAGAACAGCUUGAGUAAAGACCUCCAGAAUCGUCUGAGGAAGCAUUCAGUGGUUUUCAAGAAGUCAGCAGAGUACCUCAAAACACUUUCAAGCAACAGAGACAAAAAAGAACAGCAAGGGAAUGUUGAAGCCUGUGCAGCUCAAGUAUCAACAGGAGGGGAGCAGCAUGUAUCUACAGAAACACAGCUGCAGAGGAGCCCAGAUAAACAGCCUCCAGUGAAGACUGUUGGUCCGCUGACUGAUGUGGACAUCAUCAAGUUGUGCCCCAGUGAAAAGAAACAGGUGGACUUUAGAGACAAGCUCUACCUUGCUCCUCUAACAACUUGUGGCAAUCUGCCUUUCCGUCGUACUUGCAAGCGCUUUGGUGCAGACAUUACCUGUGGGGAGAUGGCCAUGUGUACAAACCUGCUGCAGGGACAGCAGUCAGAAUGGGCACUCCUGAAGAGACAUGAAAGUGAAGAUCUUUUUGGCGUCCAGGUGGAGGGCUGCUUCCCUGACACCAUGACGAGGUGCGCAGAGCUCAUCAACAACAACACUGACGUCGACUUUGUAGACAUCAACUGUGGAUGCCCCAUUGACCUCGUCUACAAGAAGGGUGGAGGCUGCGGCUUGAUGACACGCACCAGAAAAUUCGAGCAGAUAGUCAAAGGGAUGAACUAUGUCCUUGACGUCCCUUUAACAGUCAAGAUUCGCACUGGUGUUCAGGAGAAGAGCAACAUAGCACACAAGCUCAUCCCAGAGAUGAAAAACUGGGGAGUCUCCAUGAUCACACUGCAUGGCCGAUCCAGAGAGCAGCGCUACACUAAGUUAGCUGACUGGGACUAUAUCACUACCUGCUCCAAGCUGGCUGGCCCUGUCCCACUUUUUGGUAAUGGAGACAUUCUGUCCUAUGAAGACGCCAUGAAAGCGAAAGAAACCGGAGUUUCUGGUAUCAUGAUUGCAAGGGGUGCUCUCAUUAAGCCCUGGAUCUUCACUGAGAUAAAGGAGAGCAGACACUGGGACAUUUCAUCCAGUGAGCGACUGGACAUCCUCAGGGACUUCACCAACUUCGGUCUAGAGCACUGGGGCUCUGACACUCGAGGUGUGGAGAAGACACGCACCUUCAUGCUGGAGUGGCUCUCAUUCAUGUGCAGAUAUAUUCCAGUAGGCCUGUUGGAGCGAGUGCCUCAGAAGAUUAAUGAGAGACCACCGUACUACAUGGGCAGAAACUACCUGGAGACACUGAUGGCCAGUCAGAAUGUUGGGGACUGGGUCAGGAUUAGUGAAAUGCUCCUUGGACCCGUGCCAAAGAAUUUCAACUUUUUACCCAAACAUAAAGCCAACGCCUACAAGUGAUUUUCUGUUUGUCUCAUUACUAAAGAAGCACCCGUUUUUUGUUUUUUUUUAAAUAAGUAGAAUUUAAAGAAAGAAUCUAUUGUGUUUUAAUAAAGACUAUUGAAGAGUCUGUUUAUUUGAUGUGUGGUGCAGCAAUUGAACACAAGAUGUUUGUGUGCUUGAAAUAUACACAAAGUCUUUUGGCACACUAGAUUUAUGAUCUAUAAUUAUGGAAUAAAUAUUUUGAAAUUUUUAUUUUAAAACAUAUUACACAUGCACAUAAUCAAGUUAAGAUGUGAGUAAAAAUGUGAAUGUUUUGGUCAAAGGAUCAUUGUCAAAUAAACCUUUUUGGCACCUUAAGAGCCUCUUGUUAGUGUGCAGGAUUUUUUUUUUCAAAAUAUGGGACAUACUGUUUUUGGCCAUACACACCUGACACAUCUCACAAAAGAUUGGAAAUAAGAGGGUGAACACUGCAACAGCUUUUAAUAAACACCCAA